AUGGGUCCGUGUUGCGGCUCUUUGGGUACUUUGGGCGUCUCUGGCGCACAGACUGCGCACGCAGCGGCUCUCUGGAGCUGCGCACUGCUGCUCGGGCUCCUGCGUCUCUGCGCAUGUGUGGAGGAGAAUUGCAUUGUGGGUAUCGUGGGGCAGCCAGUGUCGCUGCCCUGCGUCCAGCCCCAGAUGACGACCUCCGCCAACGUGUCCGUGGAGUGGUGGCGAGGCGAGGAGGUGGUGCUGCGGUCCACGUGGAGGGGCGACGGCGUGGUGGAGGAGUGGAGCAUCAACCGGGCCUCCACGCCGCCGGACGGCCCGCUGAGUGGCGACGUGUCCCUGCAGCUGCCGGCGGUCGUCCUCACCGAGCGGGCCGAGCGCUACCGGCUGCUCGCCACCUCGGAGAACCGGAGCGCCGAGCUGUGCAGCGUGUGCCUCCGCACCGCAGCCCGGUUCAGCGCCCCCCUGCUGCGGAGGGAGGAGCCUCCUCCGGGGGGCCAGACGGCCUUCUGGUGCCAGUCCGGCGGAGGCUUCCCCGAGCCGGCGGUCUCCUGGCUCCUGGACGGCGGCGAGGACCCCCCAGAGGGCUCCGUGUGGACCCGGGCCGCGGUGCUGCCCGACUCGCUGCUGUACAACGUCACGAGCCGGCUCACGCUCAACGUGUCCGCCGGCGCCAGCGUGUCGUGUGUGGUCCGGAACCCGACCACCAACGAGACCCUGACCUCCACCAACGGCCUGGCGGAGGUGACGCGGGGCCCCGUGGUGACCAGCAGGGCCUCGGAGGCCAUGUGGAUCUUCAGCACGGUGCUGUGCGCGGUGGUCGGGGUCAUGGUCUCCGUGGGGAUCGUGUACCAGAUCCACCUGGACCGGGUCAGCAAGAGGAAGAAGCGCGAGUUCCAGAAGCACCUGAACACAGGAGGAAACAAGGGGAGGCCUGAGGAGGAAGAGGUGAAGCUGGAGAGGAAGGAGACCGACGUGUGAAAUCUCGAGCGCUGACUGUAAAUAGUGUCAUCAUCGAGGGGCGGGGCUUAACGGAGGAUGUAGAUUUAAAUAUAAAUAUGUUUCAAUAAAGACUCAAAACAC